CUACCUGCCGCGAUGCACUGCUGCUGGUAGGUUGGGCUGGUUGGGCGCAUUUGAAAGAGUGCUGCAUCGAGUCAGCUGCUUCCAGCUCCUCAACAGAUCCCGUCUGUGGCAGACAGUGAGCGAGUGAGUGAGUAGCGAGCGAGUUCGUGCGCGCCAGCGACUGACACGCGCGGAGAGGAAGAACCAGCGUCCAGCGUCUGUUCAACUCACUUCGAGCACUGGCCGCUGUCCAUCAGGACCUGCUCAAGAUGAUCCGGACCGUCCUCUGUUUCCUCGGAUUGCUCGUCGGUGGCAGUCAAGGUGUCCUCCAGGUGUCAAUCUCGCUAAAAAAGGUGGAGCUGAGCGUCGGAGAGUCCAAGUUUUUCACAUGCACGGUGAUUGGGGAGCCUGUGAGUCUGGACUGGUAUAACCCGCAAGGGGAGCGGAUGGUCCCGUCUCAGAGGGUGGCCCUGCACAAUGAAGGUGUUCGUUCCAGACUCACCCUCUAUAAUGCCAAAAUAGAAGAUGCUGGCAUCUACCGGUGCCAGGCCAACGACGCACAGGGACAUACACAGGAGGCCACUGUGGUGCUGGAAAUCUACCAGAAGCUGACGUUCAGAGAUGUGAGGUCACCUCAGGAGUUUCGACAGGGUGACGUGGCUGAAGUGGUCUGUGAUGUCACCAGCUCCCCCGUUCCUGUGGUCUCCUGGUUUUACAACAAUGUGGAGAUUAUUGAAGAUACUGAGAAGUUUCAGCUCCUACAAAACAAUAAUUUGCAAGUCCAGAGAGUAACUAAAGCAGAUGAAGGAGUAUAUCGCUGUGAGGCAAGAGUCGAGGCCAGAGGAGAGAUCGACUUCCGGGACAUCAUCCUGGUGGUUAACGUUCCGCCGGUCGUCUCUGUGCCACAGCAGUCCUUUAACGCCACUGCGGACUAUGGAGAAUCUGUGACCUUCACCUGCCGGGCCUACGGCUCACCUGAACCUGAUGUUACCUGGCACAGGAAGGGAGUGCAGCUCCAGGAAUCGGAGCGGUAUGUAAUGAGAGCUCGAGGUACCACGCUCACAGUUCGAAACAUUCAACAGGACGACGGGGGCUCCUACACCUGCAAAGCCUUUAACAAGGCAGGAGAAGUAGAGCAUGAACUGUUCCUCAAGGUUUUUGUCCAGCCUCACAUUACUAAGCUAAGGAACGUGACGGCUGUGGAAGGCAGUGCUGCUAUGAUCUCCUGCAAGGCUGAGGGCGAACCUUUGCCUGAAAUCUCCUGGAGGAGAGCAAGUGACGGACACAGCUUUUCAGAUGGAGAUAAGAGUCCAGAUGGCCGUGUGGAGGUGCGAGGCCGUUAUGGCGAAUCAAUGCUGACUAUUGUUGGAGUCGAGCUAUCUGACUGGGGACGCUUUGACUGUGAGGCUCUCAGUAGGAUUGGUGGACAUCAGAAGAGUAUGUUCCUGGAUAUUGAGUAUGCACCAAAGUUCCAGACCAACCACACUAUAUUUUUCUCAUGGGAAGGGAACCCGGUCAACAUUAGCUGUGAUGUUAUGUCUAACCCUCUGGCCACAAUGCUGUGGAGACGGGAAAAGUUGACCAUCCCUAGUGAGGGUGCUGGAAACAUGCGUGUAUACAGUGCCCCUGGCAGAUCUCUCCUCGAGGUUACCCCGAUGUCAGACAGAGAUUUUGGCCGUUACAACUGUACAGCCCGAAACAACAUUGGGAUGCGCUUUCAGGAGUUCAUCCUAGCUCAGGCAGAUGUUCCCUCAAACCCUUACUCUGUUCGGCUGAGCUCUGUGGCACAGCGCGUGGCCACAGUUACCUUCACGAAGCCAGACUCCCAUGGCGGCGUACCCAUCAGUCACUACCUGGUCAAAUACAAAGACAUCAGCUCACAGGCCUGGAAGGAUGUGAAAUCACAAGGGAUGCAGACAGUCGUGUUGCUCACUAACCUUGAGCCCAACACGACCUACGAGGUGAGAGUAGCUGCGGUGAAUGGAAAAGGUCAAGGAGAAUUCAGCCGCACAGAGAGCUUUCAAACUCUGCCCAUACGAGAGCCGAGUCCCCCUUCAGUUCAGGGUCAGCGAGGGGUGGGGAAGGCAUACAGACUGGGCCUGGUCAAACAGGAUGAUGGAGGAAUGCCCAUCCUGGAGUAUAUUGUCAAAUACAAAACAGAUAAAGAAGAACAGUGGAUGACAAAACUGGUUCCAGGUGUGAAUGAUUUUGUGUUGCUGCAACCGCUCCAGUGGAAUACACAGUAUGAGGUGGAAAUCACUGCACGCAACGUCAAAGGCCUGUCUGAACCUACCUUUGUGAAGUUCUCCAUGCCUCAGAAACCUGAUAUCACAGAUUCGCUGUUCAGCGGCCUGGGCCUGGGCGCAGUGGUUGGGCUAGGGUUAGCUGGCCUGCUGCUGCUGCUCGUGCUAGUGGACGUCAGCUGCUUCUUCCUGCGCCAGUGUGGCCUGCUCAUGUGCAUCACCCGCAAGCUUUGCAGCAAAAAGACAGCCACAAGUGGCAAGAGCAAAGAGCUAGAGGAGGGCAAAGCUGCCUACCUGAAAUUGCCACUAAAAGAGGAAAACGGCAAGGAGACGCUGAAACCAGACACAAUCGAAAUCAAAGUUCAUGGUGACAACAGCCUGCAUAUGACACAGGAGGACAGUAAAGCGUAAUGGAGGCCCUGCUAUUCUCUAAAAGAACAUGCAAAGUGAGCCACCCGGAGACCAACAGCAAGCAAACUAAUGAAAAUACAAGCAAGAACACGCCAACCAAUUGUAAGAUCCUUUGUUAGAGACUCGUCGUCGGGGUAUCAGAAGAGGCC